UGUAUUUAAAAAUUGUGUCACCUGAAGUAGUCAACUAAGCAUAAUUGAGUCCUUUCACAGAGCCAGGUCUGACAGCAUCCUUCAUCCUUCCCCUCAUCUCAGGAGGCUGCACUUGCCUUUACCAGAAAUUGAAUCCUAUGCCAUCUACCAUAACUGCUUCAAAGACCAAGUGAGUCUCUCACAGAUGCCUGGCACUUCCUGAGUGCUCAAUAAAUGUAAGUAAAAACGAAGCGAAGUUGGAAAGCCUCCCAUGUGAAAAGCUGUGCAGACCCGACAGAGGCGGGAUCGUCACAGGCAGGCCAGUGCCUUACAGAGCUCAAAGGAACUGAAGAAGUCAGUGCAUACAAAAGGCCAGGUUAGCCGAUGAAGGAAUCCUUAGGUUGUCCUCUGUUCCUAAGUGCAUAUACAUAUACAAGAAAUACAAGGCCAGCAAAUGAAAAACAAAUACUGAUCAAGAGGAGGGAGGAAUAUGAAGGAAAACGAGUGAGUCUUCUAGGAAAGAAGUUUGCUACUUCUGAAGUUUUGGUCUUAGCCACUGGCCGGAUGGAUCGACCACAGUCAGCAAAUCGCUUUCUGCCCUGCCUGCCCGAGCAUCUGCCUCUGUACAACUGUCGCUCAAUUCACUCCUUUCGAAUCAUUACCUCUGAAGAGCGCGAGAAAAUUCAUCCAAACCACCCAAAAGUAUUUCUCCAAAGAAUUCCAAGUCGUUUAAAGGCAAAUCCAAUCCUAGCAAGGGUCCUUAACUUUUCCCCUUACCCCCUGCAAGGGUUCAAACUUCAACUCCCAGGGUUCACCCAAGUCCCGCCUCUCGCUGUGUCAUCUAAUGAAUAUGCAAAUAUACCAUAAAUGACAGCCAAUGGCGUGGAUUCUAGUCACAUGGUGCCGGUGGUAGGUGAGCAGACAGAAGUUGUGUGUCUGCGAACAGAGAGGGUUCUCAGUCUGGGGCGAUCGCUCUAGGGAGAGCGGACGGACAGUUAGGCUGUAGUCCUGGCGGCAGCGGCAGCGGCAGCGGCGGCGGCGGCGGCGGCGGCGGCGGCAGCAGCAGGAGUGGUGGCAGGGGGAGGGAAAGGGGGAGGGCCCCGAGGGCUACACGCGCUUACACUUUCAAAUUCCCUCGUUGGAAGAGGAGGUGGGGCUGCAGAAAGCGGAGGCCAGGAGCUGUCCCAUCUGUCCUGUCCCGUGUGCCCUCUUCCGCUUGCUCCCUGCGCCCUGGCUCUGCAAGAGUUGAGGAUUCGCGUGGCCUUACGUGGCAGUGAGGGCGAGAGGGCCGGGAGAAGGAGCAGAGCCAGGGGCGUGAGGAAAGAUGCCCAUCCUGCUGUUCCUCAUAGACACGUCCGCCUCCAUGAACCAGCGCACGGACCUGGGCACCUCCUACUUGGAUAUUGCCAAAGGCGCCGUGGAGUUAUUCUUGAAGCUGCGCGCCCGAGACCCUGCCAGCCGCGGAGACAGGUACAUGCUGGUUACCUACGACGAACCCCCGUACUGCAUCAAGGCUGGUUGGAAGGAAAAUCACGCAACAUUCAUGAGCGAACUAAAAAAUCUUCAGGCUUCUGGACUGACUACUCUUGGUCAGGCUCUAAGAUCCUCAUUUGAUUUGUUAAAUCUCAAUAGAUUAAUAUCUGGAAUAGACAAUUAUGGACAGGGGAGAAAUCCAUUUUUUUUAGAACCGUCUAUUUUAAUUACCAUCACAGAUGGAAACAAGUUAACAAGUACUGCUAGUGUUCAAGAAGAGCUUCAUCUUCCUUUGAAUUCUCCUCUUCCUGGAAGUGAAUUAACCAAAGAACCUUUUCGUUGGGAUCAAAGGUUAUUUGCCCUAGUGUUGCGUCUGCCUGGAGUGGCUUGCACAGAACCGGAGCAACUAGGGAGUGUACCAACUGAUGAAUCAGCCAUCACACAAAUGUGUGAAGUCACAGGAGGUCGCUCCUACUGUGUUAGAACACAACGAAUGUUAAAUCAGUGUUUAGAAUCUCUAGUUCAAAAAGUUCAGAGUGGUGUAGUUAUUAAUUUUGAAAAAACGGGACCAGAUCCACUUCCUGUUGGAGAAGAUGGACUUAUGGAUUCAUCUCGACCAAGCAAUUUGUGUGCUGCUCAACCAUGGCAUAGUUGUCAUAAACUCAUUUAUGUGCGGCCUAACUCUAAAACUGGUGUUCCUGUUGGGCACUGGCCAAUUCCAGAAUCAUUUUGGCCAGAUCAGAAUUUGCCUUCACUACCACCAAGAACAUCUCAUCCUAUUGUGAGGUUCUCCUGUGUAGACUGUGAGCCAAUGGUUAUAGAUAAACUGCCCUUCGACAAAUACGAACUUGAACCUUCUCCCUUAACUCAGUAUAUCUUGGAACGAAAGUCUCCCCAUACCUGCUGGCAGGUAUUUGUUACUAGUAGUGGAAAAUACAAUGAACUUGGAUAUCCAUUUGGUUAUUUAAAAGCCAGUACAACUUUAACUUGUGUAAACCUCUUUGUGAUGCCUUACAACUACCCAGUUUUACUUCCUCUUUUAGAUGACUUGUUUAAAGUUCACAAGCUUAAGCCAAAUCUGAAGUGGCGACAGGCUUUUGACAGCUACUUAAAAACUCUGCCUCCAUACUAUUUAUUACCAUUAAAGAAAGCACUAAGGAUGAUGGGAGCUCCAAAUCUGAUAUCAGAUAAUUUAGAUUGUGGACUUAGUUACAGUGUUAUCUCUUACCUUAAAAAACUCAGCCAACAGACCAAACUAGAGUCAGAAAGAAUAUUAGCAUCAGUGGGGAAGAAACCUCCCCAGGAAAUUGGUAUCAAAGUGAAAAAUCAUUCUGGAGGCAACAUGUCCUUGGCUUACAAUAAAAAUUUUAGAAAACUUUUGAAAGAAAUCACAGGGGAAACUGCACUGAGAUUGACAGAAUUAAAUACCAAAGAAUUUGCUGGCUUCCAAGUUGGGCUCUUAAACAAGAAUUUGAAACCUCAGACGUACAGAAAUGCUUAUGAUAUUCCACGCAGAGGUCUUCUGGAUCAAUUGACCAGAAUGAGAUCCAAUCUACUGAAAACCCACAAGUUUAUUGUUGGACAAGAUGAAGAUUUCCUUCAUAGUGUUCCAGUUGCCCAAAUGGGUAACUAUCAGGAAUAUCUGAAGACCUUGGCUUCUCCACUUCGAGAGAUUGAUCCAGAUCAACCCAAAAGACUGCAUACAUUUGGCAAUCCAUUUAAACAAGAUAAAAAGGGAAUGAUGAUUGAUGAAGCAGAUGAAUUUGUAGCAGGACCACAAAACAAGCUGAAACGUCCUGGAGAGCCCAGUCUCAUGUCGGCUAAGAGAAGGAGGAGUAUGUCCCUGCUGUUGAGGAAGCCACCACCACUUCCUUCUAUGACAAACCAUGUGGGCGAAAAGGGGUCACUGUCAGCCUCAUGGCUCCCAUCAUAUCCAAGCCUCCUAAAACCCACCCUCAUUCAUUCAGAUGCUGCUGUCAUCCAUGAUGUUCAUGAGGAGAAGAUGGAAAAUGGGCAGGCCCCGCCUGAUGGCUUCUUGUUGAAACCUGCCCCAGAAGAGCGUGUGAAUGUGGCAGAAGGGGGCCUUCCAGCCAAUCAGUUGGACUCUCUGUCAGAUGACUGUACUGGCCUCAGGAAAGAUGAACUGAUUCACAAAACUGGUAAUAAUGUACUUAUAGGAGGAAUACAAAACUGCAGUCUGUCGGUAGACGACCCAAAUAUUGCAAUACCAUCUACUGUGGAAACUAUGCCAAAUGCAUUGCAAAUCACCCCUGCAAUGGCACAUGGAAUCAAUGCUGACAUAAAACAUCAAUUAAUGAAGGAAGUUCGAAAAUUUGGACGGAAGUAUGAAAGGAUCUUCAGUUUGCUUGAAGAAGUUCAAGGACCUCUGGAGAUGAAGAAACAGUUUGUUGAAUUUACCAUCAAAGAAGCUGCGAGGUUUAAAAGACGAGUCUUAAUUCAAUACCUGGAGAAAGUACUAGAAAAAAUUGAUUCUUAUUACCUUCUCAACAACGUUAAUCACAUAAACAGCAGAUCAUCAUGUUAAUGCAAAGACCCACGAGAAAAAACGACAAGUUUUCUUUGUUGUAGAAUGGAGCACGAUAUUGUUGAAGGCCCCUAAAAUAUUUUGAGUCAAGGGAAUCAUUCUCCAUAGUCUGAAACAAUGAUGGAACAUUUUGAUUUUCUUUGAGUAAAAUUGGGGGUUUUUUGUGUUAGGAGUUUUGGCUGAAAGUAUCCAAUUUUGCUUUGUUGUUUCUUUUCCCAGUGAGGAAGGUGGUGCUUUUGGGUGUACUAAGUUCGUAAAACACCGCUGCCCCUACCAAUGAGUAAUAAGGAUUUAUUCAUUUCAACUUUGCCAUUUAAAGCAUUUUCAGAG